AUGCCUCGACCACCGGACAACUACACCCACGCUCAGUUCGAGCCCAUCGAGAGUGAGCACGCCGGCGACACAGUCCAAUGUGUCCACUGUCGCAACUGGUCCGGAUCCGUCAAGACGCUCAACCGCAAAAAAGCGCAUCUGGAGAACUGCACGCAGUACAAGCAAUGGCGAGCGGCGGGCAACGGACAGGACUUGGCGCCCCCUAACAAGUACAGCAAGCGCGAUAGCAUGAACCUGAACGCCUGGGAUCGAGGAGAUCCAGAUGCGAUCAAUCCAUACAACAACUCGCCACACGGCUACAACGGAGCAGACUACACCCCAACCAUGAUACGGGGACGCAACUUUGAAACGACCAAGGUGCGAUUCCGUCAUGUCGUGUAUGUGCAAAACGGGUAA